AUGCAUCCAGCGUUCUACAUCUUCACUUUACUCGGUGCUUUCGCCUUAUCGUCCGAGUCACCAUGGUCCAACGAAAACUGCAAGGUCUGCGCCAGCUGCCAGCUUCCACAGGAUCCCGACGCAGUGCCGAAGGAGGAAGCCAUUUCCUCGUAUCCCUCUUCCAGCUGGCUCCUCGCUACAUGCAAUGGGAUCGAAAGCAUGCUGGACCUCGACGACUGUCUCAGCGUCAAUGACCAUGGACAGCUGAUUCUGCAAGACAAAGGACAGCUCUCGGCGCACAAGUCGCCGCAGCACUCCUGUUCGCCAUGUUGCUCAUACGGACUGACUGCUGAUGAAAGCGAGCUUUUGGCCGGUUGCAAUGGUCUCGAGACAUCGUCGCUUCCGCUGAGCCAAGCUGUCAACAUCACCGCCGCAAACAUCAUGACCUGCCUCAACCACACUGGCACCGUCGUCCCCAACACAGACCCUGCGACAACAGAGCAUCGGGAGCUCGUCAGAGGCAUGCAGGCGAAUACCACCACCAUAUCCAACACGCCGAACACCACUACAUCGAGCACACCGGCGCCCUUAGACGCUCCGUCUUCUAUGCUCACGAGCGUCUCGAACAUCGACGCGCCAGCUACCGGAUGUGCCAGCGUGCCGACACGUGCGUUUCGACCACCCAACUCGACCGGCUCGAUCUGCGACAACACGACCAUCACUCAGGUGCCGGUCACUGGUGGCGAGGCGGAAUAA